AUGCGUCUCAUCCUGACCGUUGGCGGCCUCUCGACAGGUUUCGCAUCUUUGACCCACAAGGCAGGGAGAUUCCUCCAGGGGAAUGUCUGCUUCGAAGAUUCGGUUGAAAGAGAGAGCUUCCGUAACGUCUUCACCAACCCGACGUCUCCUUCUGGGCAAUCCGUCCACUGCCACAAGAUGAAAGUUUACCGCGAUCAGCGUAUCGAGCUCGUUGAAGAGCCGGGCUUGCCUAAGGAGGUGGGGCUCUCCCUCACCGGAAGGGACCUCACGAUGGUUCGUGAUAACGUCUUCACCGUCAAAGUGCGAGUGAAGAAGAGGGGCCGUAAGGGUCACCCCUGCUGCCCCCCAAAUACUAUACCAGCAACCAUCGAGCUUGAGGGAACCGUCGAAGAAAGUCUACAAGGCGAUAAUGUGGACAUGUACAUGAAGCUGUUCGGAGAUGUCGCUCGAGGCUGGGGAGUUCGGGUGCCGUCCCCCACAACGGUCCCUGUGAAUGAAUAUGACAUCGGAGAAGUCUGCUUCGCAGAAGAGAUCCCACAGGUUGACUCCAAGCCUGGGCAGUGCCAUGAAAUGCAAUUAAAGCCUGAUUACCGUAUCAACUUGCUUGACGGCGGGCUUAAGGGUCUCAGCCUCAGCCCUAAGGGUUUGAUCAUGACCGAUGAGAAUGUCUUCGAUGGGAAAGUUCGAGUAAAAGAUAAACGCCUCCGUGGGACGAGGAGCAUUCGGGCUACUAUCAAGCUGGAUGGGAGUAUCCAAGAGCUCGCGGAGGGAGAAACACAGAAGGUCUACUCGAUGAUGUUUGGGCAUCUAGUUAAGAGCUGGAGGCAACGAAGUAAUGGCUUCGAGGCGAGGGAGAUCGAGGAGCAUUCGGACGAGGAAGACGGCCCUAUUGAGGAGACGAAGAUAUUGCUCACCCAGAGCAAUAUGGAUCGUCUUAACAUUGAGGGCGAGGCUGGUCCUAGAGGGUUGACUAUUAAAGCCAAUAAUCAGUUGGAGAUCGAGGGCAAUGAUGACCCCACUACUUCAAUAUCUCUCAAACCAAAAACGUUUGCCAAGACGGGUGCCAACAAGUGGACCGGCAAAGUGAUGCUGAAGCCUCUGAGAGACAAAGGAAGUAUCGUACGCCGCGGUUUGAUGACGGUCACUUUAGAGAUUCAAGAUGAUUUCGCAGACACACUGUUCGAACCAAAGGUGGACGCAUCCGAGAUCCAACUCGAUCCCGACGAUGCGACCAGGCUGAAGUUGUCGGCGUAUGUUGGAAAACCAAUUAAGGCGUCGAUUCUACACGAUGGUCGUCUUGACCCGGUGAAUGGACGCCUUUCCACUGACGAUGGCACCGAAGUCACGAUGUCGAUAAAACCACAGACAAUAGAUGGGAGAGGACGCCGAGUUCAAGCUAAGGUCGCUGUGAAGAGUGUCAGAAGUAAUGGAAGCCGCGAGAAGUCUUUGGGCACGGCCAAGAUGACCCUAUCUCUAACUAAGAGAGAUUACGAGAUGAUCAAUAGGAUCCGAAGCCGGGAAGAGGCGGAGAGAAGCGAGGAAGAGUUCGUUGAAUGA